AGCGAUAACAGAGAACAGAUAAAAAGGAGCCAUAAAUGGGGAAGCAAAGCGAGUCAACGCCUUUCAAGAAGAAUUUCAACUCGUCCAAGAAAACGAAUGGUAUCAACUCGGCCAGUCCUACAAACUCAGAUAGGGAAAAUUCGGAGAUUGGCUACCAAAAUAGCAGAAGCAAUUUGUUGAAGCAAGCGGGAAGUAGAAGGAAGAGCAAUGACACGUUUUAUUCCUACUCACGGAUGUUUAUAACAGUUUUAAACUACAUAUUUUGCAUCCUAGGAAUUAUAUGCGCGUGGGGAGCCAUAGACUCACUCGUUCAAGUAAUUUCCGGGAAGCAAGUGUACCUAUCGCUGACGUGCUAUUCUAUCAUUCUGAUAUUUGCGUUGGUGUACCUAAUGUUAUAUAUUUACUUCGUGGAUAGGGAUUAUCGACCAUGUGAUUUUUUUUAAAGUCAUCAAUUCGUUUGUUUUUCCGGCUGUGUUUUAUUUUAUUUAUUUGUUAAAAUGGAUAUGUGAGAAUGUCAUGGGGUUUGAGGGUAAACCCACUGGAAUGGCAAAAUUG